AUGCUCCUUGCGCUAGAGACGAUCGAGCACAUUGCGUCGUACAUACCGUCGUAUGCGACGCUUGUGGCGCUCCUCGACCUUCUGCCCGAGCGCACACCAGCCAUGGAGCACGUCCGCACGUGGGGCCAGGACAUCCGCGGCGCCCUUUCGCGCUGCACCUUUUCCGGACUGACCAUGUCCUUGAACGGCUACCAUCUAAGAUACUACAACACGGACGCGGCGCCGAUCGUCGCGUACGUCGCGGCCGCCGCGCCAUUUGUCCCGCGCGUCUCGGUAACAAUCAGCAAUCUCGCCGAGUGGCUGCGGUACGUCGACGCGAUUGCGCAUCUCGUCACGUCAGUGGAGCUCGAACCUACGAUUGAUUUUAUCGAUGCUGCCCAGUCGCCGCCGAACGCAGGCGCAACGCUGCGUGACGCGCUCAUCGCGUGCCCCCGACUGCACGCGCUGCGCGUCACAUAUGCCGACUGGGACGACUUUGACGGGGACCUCGCCAACAUUGACGCUGUCCUUGCGGGCAUGGUCUACCUUCCACGCCUUGCCAAUGUCGACAUUGAUGGCUGUGCUUUUGCAGUCUCCCAACUCGCGACGUCAAGUGUCGAAGGCCUCGUUGCCUGGCUGGCUCGCUGCCCGGCCAAGUCCCUUCGGCUCGUGCAUUGCAAGGUUGCAAUGCACGACGAUGGACGUGACGGUCUCGGUCCAGCGCUGGCAAGCGCGAUAUCGCAGUCGAGAACGCUUGAAGAACUCGAGAUCAAGAACGUUCCGUACAUCAACUCGUUUGGUCUGGAUGGACAGCCGCUACCGUCCACUCUGCGUGUAUUUCGCUGGACCAAUUCGGACACGCCGCGCGAUGAGUCGUCUGAGAGUCUCGCGCGCAACCUCUGUAUCUCGCUCAUGUCGGCAACCCGAUUAAAAACGCUUCGUUUGGCGGCCAACUCUGCCUUGUGCCCGGUAACAUUCAUCAAUCAGCUCGCAGCCGUGCUACCGACCAUGACACACCUUUCGUGCUUGCAGCUCAAAGGUAUCGGGAUCAGUGAUGCGACGCCACUCGUGGAGGUGCUGCCGUCUCUUCCAGCGUUGUCGACACUACGCUUCAAGAUGGCACUGAUCGAGGAUAUCGGCGCCAUGGCUCUAUCUGCUGCCCUACCCCACUGUACUGCGCUGCGUGCGCUCGAGAUUCGCGGCGCGUACAGCGAGUCGUCGGCGAUGGCACUGCGCACAGCGGUCCAGUCCAUGCCGACGGACUGGCUUUACACAACGAGACUGGAAACCAUGUUCAUCACGACACCCGCUUCGCGACGCCAGCCCGCUCUCGUCAUCGCAGGUCUUCUGUACCUGAUCACCUCGCUCGGCAUCAGUCUCUGGUACAUCUCGCUUCUCUCGCCAAGCCUGGCCAACGACCUGUGGUGGGCCGGCUUUACCCCCACGGGUGGCGAAGCCUUACUCAUCGAUCUUGUCAACGCCCAACUGGCGCUGACCGCAACGUCGGCCCUCAGUAUCUACGCAGAUGAUGCAACGAUGCACAAGCUCUACAACGCGUCCACCGCCACCACCAGUAUAUCGCCAACCUACUCUCGCCACAUCAUCUUGACCGAGCUCACGUCCAUCGAGUACGCCGUGCCGCAGCUACGCACACUCAGCGCCGCGUGGUCGAUGCGCAUGAACGUACAGCACUGCUGGGUCGACUUUAACAAAACGUUCGAGAUUGCGCACACAACCACUCGUCAGCAGCGCUGCAAGGACCAGUUUGCGACCAACGGCGCCGUGUACCUCGAAGCUAUCUUGCGCAACGUGGUCUGGGCCGACUACAUGGCGACGUGGGGCGGCGUCAACAGUCGCUUUGUCAUUGCAUACGAGCGGGCACUGCAAGAAUCCGCAACAGGACACGCCUUUUUGAGUCAAGUCUCGCAAGCCCGCAAUACGACAACGAUCAGUGAUGAGCUCAAUUACUGGCGUCAGUACAACUUAGAUCGGUUCCAGCUGCAGUGGCAGAGUCGGUGGCAGCCCGGCAUUACGGAAAGCAUCGUCUUGGAGAAUGCAAUCGGACUGCAGGAGCUUGUGACGAUCAAGAACUUUCCUCAGGGUACGGGUCCAUACACAUCAAUUGUUCUCUUUUGGAUUCCGCUCAACGACCUUCGGUUUGCAGCCUUCAACAACCGCAGUCUCAUUCGCGGCUCGUCGCGCUUCUUUGACACCAACGUCUCCUCCAUGCUGCCUGUCGUUGACCCUGAAGUAUUUGGUGGUGUCACGCUUGUCUCGGGUCAAUUCUUCAACCAAUCCGCGCUCUUUCGACAUGUCAUUGGACCGUUCCAGAGCGUGGACUGCCUCUAUCGGGGUCCCCCGGUAUCCCUUCGCGACGCUUUUGCGGCGGCACGCGCUCGACUGCACGCCCAGCGAGCUGCGAAAUCAGAUCCCGCAACGCUGGCGCUGAGACCGCUCACGUGGCGCAACCAUGCAUACUUUGGUGGUAACCCCGUGUGCACGGGCUUGCCUAGCUCGGCAUUUGUCCAGCAAUCGUUUGACUUUUACGACGAUUGCUCCAAGCCGAAACCACUGGUCGUGACGUCAAGCUCGGUCGCGAUGGCGUUGGCGCGCGCCGCCACUUCAAGUCGAACUAUCGUCGAGGACAUGUGCGCCGUGGCCUCACCGACAGCAGCUUGCGUUUCUGCCAUCACAGCUGCCGACCAGCUCUUGCAGUCCCUCGCCUCGCCGCUGGUCUGGAAUGCAUCGGUGGCGGAUGAAGUUGGUCUCGAGAUUGGAUUGAUGCAGUACGCUACUGCUGCCAAUGGCUCGUGGGUCGUUCUCAAACAAGCACUUCUCGAGCCCUCGUUUGCAUUCUUUGGCUGGAUUUUUCUCUUUGAUUGGGUCCUCGGCAAUCGCGAAGUCGUCUCAUUUCAAGGCGACAACGGCAAUCUGACGCUCAUCUCCAACGUAUAUACUCCACAGCUCUACACGACGGGGACGCAGCCGCUGCAGUCUGCCACGCAGAUUCUCUACUACCUUGUGGUCGCCACCUCGGUGAUUCUCGUCAGUGUCGGUGGGAUUGUCUUGGUAUAUGCAGUCAAGACGCACUUCCAGUUCAACGGCGUGAACCUCUUCUUCUUCAACCGGAUCGUGGGGGCCGUUUGGCUCGGUCGACCACUAGCUUUUUUACGAGGUAUAUCGGCAGUGCUGUUGCUGAGCUCGGCGAAACCCUCGCUCUCAACGUUGUUUCCGGCGACAUCACGGUUUAGUGCCACGCCGUGGAGCUGGUUUGAAGCCAUCGUGGUCACCGGCGAGGCGACGUGGCUGACCUAUGUCGCCAAUGAUAUUUUGGUGCUACUGACGCGGGAUGGCACGAAAAUGUACAGCUCUACCGCGAGUUUGCUCUCGUGGCUAAUCCUCUUUCUUCUCGAAAUGGCGAGUCCGGUGACAGUCUCUGGCAGCUUAAAACGUGUCUGCGUCGGCGUCGACAUGGACUAUGCAGUCACGUGCUCGAGCGGGGCACUGGUCGUCGGUAGUUCCAGCCGACUGGUUGUGGUGGUCAGUAUCCAAGCAAGCGUUCUCGUCCUCGUGUGGACGACACUUCGCCUCUCGAGCCGAUGGCGCUACCUUAGCACAACUGCGUCAGAGGCCUCCCUACUCGUGAGUGGUAUUGCCGAAGAGUUUAUGACUACUGCCCCUGGCACGACCCCCACACAGUACGUCAUCGAUGACGUCGCGUGUGUGCUUGCAGGUUUGCUCGCACUGCGCUUCCGCGACGUCAAGUACAUCUUUGACAUCAAACUGUGGCUCUUGUUGCAAGACGACCGGUCGACGAUUGAUUUUCUCAAAGUGCUCCCGCGCCCCGUCUUGGUCGACCGCUCCGUCAAAAUCAACCCGCUGCCGCGCCUGCAGCAGAAGAGAACGCCCAACAUCAAUCAACGGCGGCGGCGCCUCGUCAUGGGUCUAGCGACCAAGCUUAUGGGGAUCGUAUACAUUGUGUCGUCCAUCAGUAGCUCCAUCUCGUACUUGAGCGUCUCGAAAGUCAACUUGGCCAACGACGUCUAUUGGGCCACCUUCAACACCACGGGUGCCCACGCCUUCCUCGCCAACUGGCUCAACGAACAACUCAUCAUUGGCAAUACCACCAUGCUUGAUCUCUCGCUCGACCGACCGAGUAUCAACGCCAUGGCAUCCUUUGCGUCAUCGACAGCUCUUGUGGCGUCGCCUCAAAACUAUGGCGCCUACCUCCAGCACACACUACUGAGCUCGAUCGAGGCGACGAUUGAAGGGCUGAGACGCUCGAAUGGCUGUGACGCACCCUGGAUCUUUUCUCCGUACUGCUAUCUCGACCUGAAGAGGUCGUGGACGAUGGCCAACUCGGCCAAGCGCCAAGCGAGGUGCGACGCAAGUAUGUCGACCAACGGCGCCGUGUACUUGGAGACCGUUCUGCGCAACGUGGAUUUCGGCAGCUUUCAGAACUGCUGGGGCACGGGCUUUGAGAUUGGUAUCGGUGCCGAGCUCAAGUUGUCGUCGGAAGGUCGCGCUUGGCUGGGCAUGGUUUCUGGUACAGCGCCUCAGCUGAGUGCGAGUGACGAAGCUGUUUACUGGCGGUCGUUUGGUCUUUCAUCAUUCGAGGCGCAGUGGCAAAACUAUAAACAGCUCGGCGUUCGCAACAGCUACUCGAUCAUCAACGCGUUUGGCAUUGAGUACCCGCUGACGCUGGCGUCACUGGCGAGUACUUACCGUCUCGACAGUCAAACAACAUUCAAAAUGUAUUGGUCGCUGGCCAACGAUCUCUCAGCCGUGACCAUGAACGCUUCGGGCAUCGGCGGUCUCAGUCUGCUACGGUCCAGUGCCACCUACGCCUUUACCAACACCUCGCUCGCGAAUGUUUACGUGAUCAAUGGGACGCUGCCGUCCCCGCUAUCGCGAGGGCUUCAACUAAUUUCUUCGUAUCUUGGACCGUUUGGCUCGAUCGAUAUGAUCUAUGUACCGCCACCGCUGGAGUUGCAGCAGCUCAUGUCGUCGCUGCUGGAGCUCACCCGUGCGCCGCUCGCUGGGAAUCUCAGCGCUCAAAGUGCCUACCGCGCAAUCACGCCAUUGGACCUCUCCCGUCCUGCGCCAAAGGCGUGGCUGUCCACAGGUGUCUUCACCUACGGCGGGUCGCCUCUCUGCACCGAGUUCAAUUCUGGCCAAAAAACUAAUUUGGGUCUCACGAGUCUCCUGUCGUUCGACGCCAUCUGUUUGGUGGCGACGGGCGUCUCUGCCAAGCUCCAGCCAACGCGCCAGCAAUACGUUCUCGGGAGUCUGUUUGCCAAUCUCACAUCCGCGACCAGCAACCUCUCGGCCGUGUGCGCGCUCGACCCAGCGUUCACCACGCAAUGUCGCGUGUACCUGCCAACAACAAGAACGUACAUUCGCGACUACAUGGAGGUUCCACCGCACGUGAUCUCCAACAUCGCAGACAUGGCGACGCGCAUUCGCGCCAUGAACAUUUCGCUUAUGAUUUAUGCCCGCACAACCUUGACCGCACCCCUCGAGCUGCGCAUGAUCAAUCUUCUCGACGAGACCGAUCGAGACUUUGGUUUUUUCGGCUGGCUCUUCCUCUACGACUGGGUGUUUGGAUAUCGCGAAGUGAUCGCGUUCCAAGGCGACAUGCGACGCCUUGCCUUGGUGACCGACCUCCAAAUGCCUCUGUCGCAGCCGACGCAGGCGUGGGAAGUCCCCGAUAACUUUGCUCGCUACCUCCACUCGGGUGUCCUCUACGUUACCGGCGUCAUGAUGGCGAUUGCGUCGCUCGCCUUUGUGUACAUUCUUGUCAUUCGAGGCCAGUUUGAGGGCCUCAACAUGCUCGAGCUCGGCCGCGUCGGCGGGAUUGUCUGGGUCGGGCGGCCAUUUCUACUUCUCCGGAGUGUCACGGCCCUUGUCGUCUUGUCGACAGCGACCUUGCAGUUGCAGCACUCGGGUUCUAUGAGUUACUUGGCCACGGUCCGGGAUCCGUGGUACAAGACGCUGCUUGCCGCCAACGAAGUCACGUGGCUGAUUACGAUCGUCAACGAUAUCUUUCUCAUUGUGACGGGCGCAUACACAGCAUACUACAUCACGCCCAACGGCUUUGUCGUUUGGGUCUUUUCGGGCGCGUUGACGCUGGCAGCACCCGUGGCACCCGUCUCGUCCAUCCAGCUGCACUGCCAACUGAGUCAAGUGGACGCCGAUGCCGCGUGCACUGCGGGCACCAUUCAAAUCGGUAGUCCCCAGCGCAUGCUCCUCCUGGCGGGGGCGGUUCUCGUCUCUCAAAUCGCUUCGUUUGCGAUUGCGCGGCGCUGUCUGCGCGAGGUGCCGGCAAGCGCGCCGACGUCGCUUUUUUUAUCGUCGGGUGCAAAAUAUUUGUUUGUGCCGAACGCCUGGAUGCACGACAAUAUUUACUACGUGGACCGCGCGUCCGCUGUCCUCGACGGACUCCUGACGCUGCGCUAUAGCGAGACGCGCCUGAUCGUCCUCGAUAUCAAGACGUGGCGGGUGUUUACGAUACCGCUGGAGCUGAUGCCGCAAACAACGAAAACCGACUUUCUCGCGGCGGUUCCCCUUCUCAACGACAACUAG